UGAUGUUAUCCCUGAUUUCAUCGCACACUGUACGCUGUUAUAGGGGUUAGGUACUAGUUCAACAGCUAAAGGAAACAAAAAGAGAAAACCAGCCUGCUUACCUUACCGGCACUGUGUCCUCCUGCUAUGAGCACCACCACGGAGUUCUGCUGGUCCAUUCUGCUUCGCUGUGUCGAUGUUGAUGCUGAUGUUGAUGCUGAUGUUGAUGGUGUGGUCGGACAUAAAGGCCUCCACCAGCCAAAAAAAAUUCUCAAGCUCAUCUCAUCGCCACCACAGGUAUCAACACCAUACCACUAGAACCCUCAAAACAGACCAAUGUCGUUCAACAGAGAGCAGGAUGCGGAGCUCAAGUUCAGAAGCUCCAAGGCUGUGCAAGUGGUCUCGUCCUUUGAGGAAAUGGGGCUGAAAGAAGACCUCUUAAGGGGGAUCUUUGCCUACGGGUUCGAAGCACCUUCUGCUAUCCAGUCUCGUGCUAUAAUGCAAAUCAUCUCUGGCCGUGAUACGAUCGCACAGGCCCAGUCCGGUACCGGGAAGACUGCCACAUUCACCAUUGGGAUGCUGGAGGCCCUGGACACGAAGAACAGAGAGCUACAGGCCAUUGUGCUGAGUCCAACCAGGGAGCUGGCCGUGCAGAUCCAAUCUGUGAUUAAAUCCCUGGGAAGCUACAUGAAUAUACAAUGCCACGCGUGUAUUGGUGGUACGAAUGUUGGUAAUGACAUCAAGCAGCUCUCGAAGGGCCAGAACAUUGUUAGUGGUACGCCUGGAAGGGUAUUGGAUAUGAUCAAGAGACGUAAUCUCAACACAAGGCACGUCAAGAUGCUCAUUCUCGACGAGGCAGAUGAGUUGAUGAACAAAGGAUUCCAGCAGCAGAUCUACGACAUAUACAGACAGCUGCCCUCUGGUACGCAGGUUGUUGUCGUCAGCGCAACUCUACCUCGUGAUGUGUUGGAGGUGACGAACAAAUUCACCACUGACCCAGUAAAGAUCCUUGUCAAGAGAGACGAGCUGACGCUGGAGGGAAUCAAGCAGUACUUCAUCGCUGUUGAGAAGGAAGAGUGGAAGUUCGACACACUGUGUGAUCUAUACGACUCUCUGACCAUAAUGCAGAGUGUUAUCUUCUGCAACACGAAGAAGAAAGUCGAUUGGCUAACCGACAAGAUGAAAGGUGCCAACUUCACCGUUGUUGCCAUGCACGGUGAUAUGAAACAGGAUGAGAGAGACUCCAUCAUGAACGACUUCAGAUUGGGUAACUCAAGGGUUUUGAUCUCCACUGACGUUUGGGCUCGUGGCAUUGACGUCCAACAGGUGUCGCUCGUUGUCAACUACGAUCUACCACUAGACCGUGAGAACUAUAUCCAUAGAAUCGGUAGAUCUGGUCGUUUUGGAAGAAGAGGUGUUGCUAUCAACUUCGUCACGGAUGAGGACAUCCAGGCUCUUCAUGAUAUUGAGCAGUACUACAGCACGCAGAUCGACGAGAUGCCUGCGAAUAUCGAAAACAUGGUCUAAUAUGCCUUCAAUCGUUAUUUAUAACUUGUCGUAGUUGCUCGUUUCUCUGCUGGAAUAGCUCAACCAUCUGUUUC